AGGGGGCUGCUGACUGAGCAACACAAGCCAAAAACAGCUUGAGGGGGUUUCACUGUAGAUCAGGGACAUAGACACAGGCUAGAGAGGAAUCGGCCCAUGAAGACUCCAAAAUGACCAGUAAAGUAAUGGACUUGAUCUAUUGGAAGGAUAUGGAGCGGACAGGCAUGGUUUUCACAGGGUUGGUGGUGGGGCUGCUGUCUGUGUUCCAGCUCAGCAUCAUUACUGUAGUGUCCACUCUCUGCCUGGCCAUCAUGUGCUUAACCAUCUCAAUUAGAAUCUAUUACAAACUGCUGCAUGCACUCCAGCUGGGAGACGGAGUGCACCCCUUCAAGUCGUAUCUAGACUUGGACAUCAGUUUAAGUGGAGAAGAGGCUCAACACUACAUACAGAGAGUUAUUGUGCUUAUCUGCUCUGCUGUGGACACACUGAGGAACCUGUUCUUUGUUGGCAACCUGUUCAACUCACUCAAGUUCUUUUUGCUGAUGUACCUGGUGACAUUCCUGGGAAACCUCUGCAAUGGCCUUACCCUGCUUAUUAUUGGUGUGAUUGCCGUUUUCUCUGUCCCACUGUUCUACAGACGCCAUCAGAAUAAAGUAGACAGCUGUUUUGUUGCACUACAAGCCCAUAUUGACAACAUGAAGGACUUUCUUCAUCGCCUGACCCAGAGUGGCGGACCACUCCAUGACUCCACCCCUGGUGGUGCUAAACCCAAGGCCCAUUGAGACAUCUGACAGAGAAGAGGGGAGGAGCCACAUGCUGUCACUCAAAAAUGUCUUAAUUAGCAGUAUGUGCUUUGAGUACCGCCUCUGCGGAGAGUUAAUGAGGCAGGGCUUAAUAAGGGAGGGUGUAAGUGAGGACAAUUCAAAGAACAAUCUCGAAUGAAAAUGAAAGGUUUUGGAAUUCAAUGAAGUUAAAGACACACUGUCUUCAUUUGCACAUUUAAAUAUCAGGUUAGGUUUUUGAAAGUGACUCGGCUGGACUGAAGCUAAAAUACAGUACUUGAGCUGCCAGUACUAUAACAACCUCUUGAGAGUAACCUGAGCUAAUGAACAUUGGAUAACUUCAGUGAAGUAACAGAAAAGUAAAAACUGAGAUUUUUGAAUUCACAUUGACUGCAAUUUACCUGCCAAAAACAUUAAUUCAGGACAAGUUUCCAGAUCAAUCUUUCUCAAAAUAAUCUCAUUGGGUUUGUUUGUCUGUGUAUGUAUGUGUGGGCAGCUUAAAGGGAUCGUUUACACAAAAAUAAAAAUUAUGUGAUAAUUUACUCACCCUCGUGUUGUUAAAUCUUUAUGACUGUCUUUCCUCAAUGGAACUCAAAAGGAGAUGUGAAGCCUCUCCAUUCACUUACGUACAUUAUAUGAAAAAGAUACAAUGAACUGAAUGUGAUUGAAGGCCCCUGCACACCUUCUAUGAAAAUCAAAGAAUGAACAGGUUUGACAUAAUUUAGAACAAAAUCUAGCCAAAAAGAAAGUGUUUUGAGUUUGUUUCAUGAUUCGUAAGAGGCGGCGAACUUUCAGGAAAACUUAAUUGACUGUCAUUGGUCCACAUCAUCGGUAGGUGUGACCUGGAGCUCCACCUACUUUGAUGCCAACAAUUAAUUCCCAUUCAGUCACUUAAGAUCAGUCAACAUGAGCACACCGGUGUGGACAGUUAUUAGCGAGCUAGUGCUAACGUACCUAUAGUGCACCUCUAUGAUCGUUCCUGUAGAGACAUUUUGCAAGGACCUGUCAUGUGAUUUUUUUAAUUAGUCAACCAAAGGAGUCACUCAUGUAACAUCUGCAACCAAAAGCAGAACACAUCUGCCAAAAGUUAGAUAUGCCUAUCAUAAUUAUUUUGUCUCUAUUCUACCCAUUAACACAUUAGCAUAAGCUAUUAGCUUAUUAUGGCUGUGUUUAGCCUGUUAGCGCAUUAGCACCAUGAAUGCACAAUGUAAACGUUACACAUUACACAUUAUCUACUGCAUAUAUAGUACUUUAAAUCAUCAUUGAGUUGUUAAAACAGCUUCCUUUACUGAUCUUGUGUACAUUUUACUCAAAGAAUGAGGCUUGACAUCAUUGAUAACACUUUUUAAUGUCAUAUUACUUGUUCACGUGUUGUCUUGAGCGUCCUCAUAUUUAAAUGCUCCUCCAGCAGCGUAGUGGGUGUCCGAAUGUCUGCAAACAAUAAGUCUUUGCUCAGCUUUUUCGAACUUCUUUUAGAUCUGAGCAGAAAAACUAAGAAGCACAUCGACCUAAGUGUGACCUUGAGGCUAACAAUCUGCCUUACAUCUCAUUAAGUGUUCCACAGAAGCAACAAAGUCACAGUUUGGGAACAACAUGAGGGUGAGUGAAUCAUGAAGACAGAUUUAGCAUUUUUGGGUGACAUUAUCCCUUUAUGCCUGUUAAAGUACCUAAGUGCUAGUAAAACUGCUAGGUCUUUUCUUUUCCAAUGUUUUGUUUCCUUGGUGUUAUUUCAGU